AAAAUCUUGCUUGCUUUAAGUUGAAGUUUACCUAAUUUGAUUGAUAAGAGUUUUUUUCUUGUAUUUUUUUGGUGAUUCCAUGUUAUGAUGUCGUAUGCUUUUAUAUUUGAAUGAGUAGGAAUUGAGGUGAACUUCUUUUGUUGUCGAUCGAGUCAAAUGUGACAAGUAAUUACAAUGAUUUGUGUCUUGAACCCAACCGAUCAUCUUCUGCCUGCCUUUACCACCUAGUGAAAACCACUUAAUCAAAUAAAUUUGUAUAUGCUUAAUCUGCAGUGUGUUUAUCAACUUAUAAGUCCUGAAUAAAUUUGUUGAUUAUGCAGCUUCUAAUAUCAUCAUGAUGCAGGAUGGUUUAGGAAACGUAUCAUAUAUAGGGUUAUGUGGUCGGCUUUAGGAGGUGGCUUUAUUUAUUUUAUUAUAUGGGAAAGGUGUCUUGGCCUUCUUUGGGCCUUAUCGUUGCCCUUUAGAUUUUUCUUUAGUGUGGUUCAUCUUGACCAGGUGGGAGCUUUGUGUUGAUUAGACUUAAUGCUUUGUAACAGAUAAUGUCAGCAAAUUACUUACACAUAGAGUUUUAAUUGAUAAAAAAGGUAAAUACAAAACUACAAAGAUGAAAACCAAACCACCCCUCCUCCAUCACACCCGUCCGCCACCCCAACAGCCAUCACCUUCCCCUACCCGGGAGCACCGUUGUGGUGGCUCCUCAUUCUUGGGAUGCGAAGGAAAAUAGUGAAAGAUUGGAGCAAAGUGGAAGCAAACCAUAAUUUUGUGGCUGCUUGGGAGUGUAAUUAAUCUUGACCAGGUGGGAGCUUUGUGUUGAUUGAACUUAAUGCUUGGCAACAGAUAAUUUCAGCAUAUUCACGUUCUUUUGAGGGCUGGAAGUUGGGGGUAAAAUCUGCGGUAUUUUGCUUUAAGUUGGGAAGAGAAGGGGCAAAUGAAUUUUCUUUUUUUGAAAAGGGGCAAUGAAGAGCUGAGAAUUUGGGGCGAUGCUACAUUCGUUUCAUCAGAAAGGUGAAUGACAAGAAGGGGGUAGAGGGUCAGGAAGAGACUAGAAAAGCUUUUGAUUUUAUGCUUAGUUAUGUUGGAGCAGAUAUAGCAUCUGGGCCUGUGUGGAUGGAGUACAUCACCUUUUUAAAGUCUUUGCCGGCUUUAAGCACACAGGAAGAGUCACAACGCAUGAUUGCUGUGCGGAAAGUAUACCAGAAAGCCAUUGUUACUCCUACCCAUCACAUUGAACAACUUUGGAAGGAAUAUGAAAAUUUUGAAAAUUCUGUCAGCCGUCAACUGGCAAAAGGACUGUUAUCUGAAUAUCAACCCAAAUUUAACAGUGCCAGGGCCGUCUACAGGGAGCGGAAGAAGUACGUUGAUGGAAUUGACUGGAAUAUGCUUGCUGUACCACCAACUGGCUCUUACAAGUCUUGGACAUUUACUGACUUGCCUUCGUACAUGGCAACAAGCAGGACGUAUUUUUCUUGGUCUUUGCCAUUGUUUGCUGAAGAAUUGCAGUGGAUGGCAUGGAAGAAGUUGUUAGCUUUUGAAAAAGGAAAUCCACAAAGGAUAGACAAUGGAUCAUCCAACAAGCGAAUUAUUUUCACUUAUGAGCAGUGUCUAAUGUAUCUAUACCAUUAUCCUGAUUUGUGGUAUGACUAUGCCAUGUGGCAUGCAAAAAGUGGUUCAAUAGAUGCUGCAAUUAAAGUUUUCCAGAGAUCUUUGAAGGCAAGACCUGACUCGGAGAUGCUUCGGUAUGCUUAUGGAGAGCUGGAAGAAUCCCGUGGAGCAAUUCAGCCUACAAAGAAAAUAUAUGAAAGCCUUUUGGGAGAUGGUGUUAACACAACAGCACUUGCUCAUAUACAGUUCAUUCGUUUCUUAAGGAGAACUGAAGGAGUUGAAGCAGCUCGCAAGUACUUUUUAGAUGCUCGCAAAUCUCCAAAUUGCACGUACCAUGUUUAUGUUGCUUAUGCAAUGAUGGCUUUCUGUCUUGACAAGGAUCCAAAGAUGGCACACAAUGUUUUUGAAGCUGGGUUGAAACGGUUUAUGCAUGAGCCUGUGUACAUUCUUGAGUAUGCAGAUUUUUUAACUCGUUUAAAUGAUGAUAGAAAUAUUCGAGCGUUAUUUGAGAGGGCAUUAAGCUCACUACCAUCAGAGGAAUCUGUUGAGGUAUGGAAGCGAUUCACCAGUUUUGAGCAAACUUAUGGAGAUUUAGCUAGCAUGUUGAAGGUUGAGCGAAGAAAAAAAGAAGCACUUUCUGGAACAGGUGAAGAGGGACCUUCAUCAUUGGAAAGUUCAUUGCAAGAUGUUGCAUCACGAUACAGUUUCAUGGAUCUUUGGCCCUGCUCUUCAAAGGAAUUGGAUCAUUUAGCCCGACAAGAGUGGCUUGCUAAAAAUAUCAAUAAGAAAGUGGAGAAGUCAACUAUGCUGAAUGGACUUGGGUUUGUAGAUGAGGGUUCUACGGGCCUGACAAGCAAUUUAGCAGUGUCUUCAAAAGUAGUUUAUCCAGAUACUAACCAAAUGGUUAUCUAUGAUCCACGGCAAAAACCUGGUGCUGGGAAUUUUCAGACCACAACAGCAGCUGGAGUUCCCACUGCUUCUAAAGCCUUGUCAAAUCCCAUGAUUGCAGCAGUAGGUGGUCAAACAAUGAGUGCGUUUGAUGAAAUAUUAGAAGCAACACCACCUGCUUUGGUAGCCUUCUUAUCAAAUUUGCCAGUUGUUGAGGGUCCAACACCAGAUGUUGAUGUUGUGUUGUCAAUUUGUUUGCAAAGUGACGUACCAGCACCACAGCCUGGGAAGUCAGGGGCUGCCCCAAUGCCAUUGCCAUCUAUACCUGCUCCUUCCACCAGUGACCUUUCUGUUUCAAGCAAGUCUCAUCCCAUCCCAAGUGCGUCAUCUUUCAAGCCAGCCAGGGGGAAAAGGAAACAUUUUGAUAGGCAAGAGGAGGAAGAAGCUUCGGUCCAGAGCCACCCACUCCCAAGAGAUGCCUUCAGGAUACGGCAGAUCCAGAAGGCUCGCGGUACUGCAUCUCAAACUGGAUCAGCUUCAUAUGGAAGUGCAAUUUCUGGAGAUCUAUCUGGCAGCACUGGCUAAUUUACAUCUUCUUUUUUUCUUCUCAGAUUCCUUUUUUUUUCUUCCCCUUUAUGGUUAUGUACAAGAUUACA